GCUUCGUGCCACCCUGACACACCACCUCACCACCGCUGCAAAACACAGCAUAGGCCGGGCUACUGUCUGUCUCUGAUUAAGAGCAAGGAAGACCCUCAAGAUGUCUGACAUGGAAGACGAUUUCAUGUGCGACGAUGAAGAAGAUUACGACCUGGAAUACUCAGAAGACAGUAAUUCAGAGCCAAAUGUGGACCUGGAGAACCAGUACUACAACUCCAAAGCCUUGAAGGAGGAUGAUCCCAAAGCAGCACUUAGCAGUUUCCAGAAGGUGUUGGAACUUGAAGGAGAGAAAGGAGAAUGGGGAUUCAAAGCACUGAAACAGAUGAUCAAAAUCAACUUCAAGCUGACCAACUUUCCAGAGAUGAUGAACAGGUACAAGCAGCUCCUCACAUACAUCAGAAGUGCUGUCACCAGGAACUACUCAGAGAAGUCAAUCAACUCCAUACUCGACUAUAUCUCUACCUCCAAACAGAUGGACUUGCUGCAGGAGUUCUAUGAAACCACGUUGGAGGCUUUGAAAGAUGCAAAAAAUGACAGACUUUGGUUCAAAACAAAUACAAAGUUGGGAAAGCUGUACUUGGAGAGGGAAGAGUAUGGAAAACUGCAAAAGAUUCUUAGGCAACUUCACCAGUCGUGUCAGACAGAUGAUGGCGAGGAUGACUUGAAGAAAGGCACACAGCUGUUGGAGAUCUAUGCCCUGGAGAUCCAAAUGUACACAGCACAAAAAAACAACAAGAAAUUGAAAGCCCUUUAUGAGCAGUCACUUCAUAUUAAAUCUGCCAUUCCUCAUCCACUCAUUAUGGGAGUUAUCAGAGAGUGUGGUGGGAAGAUGCAUUUGAGAGAGGGAGAGUUCGAGAAAGCUCACACAGACUUCUUUGAGGCCUUUAAAAACUAUGACGAGUCCGGAAGCCCCAGAAGGACGACAUGCCUGAAGUACCUGGUGCUAGCUAACAUGCUGAUGAAGUCAGGAAUAAACCCUUUUGACUCUCAAGAGGCCAAACCAUACAAAAACGACCCAGAGAUCCUAGCAAUGACUAACUUAGUAAGCGCCUACCAGAACAAUGACAUCACUGAAUUUGAGAAAAUCUUGAAAACAAAUCACAGUAACAUAAUGGACGACCCAUUCAUUAGAGAGCACAUAGAGGAGCUCCUGCGGAACAUUAGAACUCAAGUACUUAUCAAACUCAUCAAACCAUACACGAGAAUACACAUCCCCUUCAUUUCUAAGGAGCUGAACAUUGAUGUGUGUGAUGUGGAGAGUUUGCUGGUGCAGUGCAUCUUGGACAACACGAUCCACGGGCGAAUCGACCAAGUCAACCAGCUACUAGAACUGGAUUACCAGAAGAGAGGAGGGGCUCGCUACACAGCUUUAGACAAAUGGACAAAUCAGCUGAACACUCUCAACCAAGCCAUUGUUAGCAAGCUCACAUGAUGGCAUGUAAAAAUCAAGAGACAAGGAAAAUGGCAUGUUUUAAUACAUCCAUAAAGUAUGCUACUGUGCUUCUUCAAGUAUAUCCUCUGAGACAAGAUACACAGCACAGGUUUUGAGAAUGCCACCAAUUUCAAGAAGACACCAGGAACCCCGAGAACGUGUUCAAAGUGUGAUGUUUUGUCGUGAUGAGAGGAAAUCACUGACACUUAUUUUUGUCAUGAUCCUGAUUGGCAGAUCCUUCCAUGUGCAACACACAAAUGCUUCAGUUGUUAAAAAAAGUCAAAAUGUGUAUGAAAACUUGUACACAGUAUUUUAAUGUAUACUGUUCCCUGUUGGUAAUAAACAGAUUUCUCUCAGCACUAUAAGGAUUCAGCUGCCUUUGACUAGCUACAAAGUUUUAACUGUGUGACAGGCGAAUAAAAUGUUUUUGACUGCCAUGAA